AUAUCAAUCGCACAAAACCCAGACAACAAUAUUUUUCCUAUCUUGCCCAAAACCAUAGUGUUAAAUUUUUUCUAGACCCCAUAUAUGCCAUUGUGGUCAUGAUGACCACGGGCAAGAUGAUGCCGCCCGCCAUGCAGAGGUUGAUCAAGGGCGGGGAUCGGAGCAUGAUCACGAUGUCUGGCGACUACGUGAUGAUGAAGCAGGUCGAGGAGAUGCACCGCCCCGACGGCAUCGAGGUUAACGUGAAGCGGGUCCUCCAAAUUGUCGAGGACAUCCUCAAACACGCUACCUUGAAUGCUGACACUAGUGCCAUCGCGGGAUCGCCAGUGCACGGGGAAAUCGUGAACGACAUACUCGAGGAGAACCGGAUUAUCGAUCAGCUAAACUUGAAAGCACUGACUGGGGUCGACGAUCACGCGAACACACUCGCCGUAUUCAAUAUGCUCGCCCACUUCUCGUGGGAUGCCAAGCUGGUACUGACCAUGGCGGCCUUGGCCUUCAACUACGGCGAGUUCUGGCUCUUGGCCCAGGCCCGCUAUUCCAACCAGCUUGCCAAGGCGAUGGCCAUGCUGAAGCAGAUGACCUCGAUCAUGGAUCACUUGGGCGAACUCAAAUCCCUGGACGCGCUCAACAGCCUCAUCCAGGCCAUGCUUGAAGUCACGAGGUGCGUCGUGAAACUCAAGGAGCUUCCCUCAGCUUACAUCUCCAGCGAAGUUCCCGCGUUGUCAGAUGCCAUGGCCCAUGUCACAACUGCCGUCUACUGGACCAUAAGGAGCGCUGUGGCUUGUGCUAGCCAGAUCACGAACCUCACAACCUUUGGCUACAAGUACAUAGCCUCCACAACUGAGGCAUGGGAGCUGUCAACCUUGAAUCACAAACUGAAGAACAUAUAUGAACAUUUGCAGAAGCAAAUUGACAUAUGUAACCAAUACAUAGAGGAAAAGCAGUAUCUCGAAGCCUAUCAGACCCUCCUGAAUCUCUUUGAAACCAUCCACAAUGACAAUAUGAAGAUCCUGAAGGCUCUGAUUUAUCCCAAGGAUGAUAUUCUGCCUCUUGUCGAGGGCAACUCAAAGAAAAGGGUCAACAUCGAAGUCCUGAGGAGGAGGAACGUGUUGCUGCUGAUCUCGUGGCUAGACAUCUCACAGGACGAGCUGUCCAUCCUGGAGGACAUGCACAGCGAGUCCAAGUUGCACGCGACACAGCAUGAGAUCCACCAGUAUGAGGUGGUGUGGAUCCCUAUGGUGGACUGCUCCGUCAAGUGGACUGACCCAAUGCAAAAGCAGUUCGAGGCCCUGCAGUCCACAAUGCCGUGGUAUACCGUGUACCACCCAAGCCUGAUCGACGAGGCAGUGAUCCGGUUCAUCAAGGAGAAGUGGCACUACAGGAAAAAGCCCAUCCUGGUAUUGCUUGACCCUCAAGGCAAGGUUGUGUGCCCCAACGCCAUUCACAUGAUGUGGAUUUGGGAAGCAACGCCUUCCCUUUCACUACACUGAAAGAGGAGGCUCUGUGGAAGGAAGAGACAUGGAGGCUUGAGCUUCUUGUCGAUGACAUUGAGCAAACAAUUCUGACUUGGAUUAACGAAGGCAAGUACAUAUUCUUGUACGGUGGCGAUGACAUCGAGUGGAUCCGCAAGUUCACCACAGCGGCACGCCAGGUCGCGCAGGC